AUGGCCACCGGAGGAGCUGGACCUGGACUUUCUCCUCCAUCCCGACCCGCCCUCCCCCUCCGUCUUCCUCGACCUCCCCCGCCCACGCCUCCGCCCAGCUACUUGGACGACGACGACAUGGUGCUCCCCUACAUCUCGCACUUGCUCAUGGAGGAGGAGGACGCCCACGCCGACAGCUUCUUCUACCAGUACCCCGACCACCCCGCGCUGCUCCACGCCCAGCAGCCCUUCGCCGACAUCCUAGCCGACGCUGCUGCUGCAUCCUGCACCAGCGCCACCACCUCCCCAUCGUCCUUGUCCUCCGUCGACACCACUGAUGGUCAGGGGCAGGGCACCUCUGACUCUGACCACUCGCCCACGCUCCGCCGCUCCCCAGCCACUGCCAACGGGAGUGAUGCAGCAGACAUGGCCACCUCCGCCUUCCUCAAGGGCAUGCAGGAGGCCACCAAGUUCUUGCCAUUGCCAUUGCCAUUGCCAUUGCCAACCAACAACACUACUCUGCUCCUCCACGACGCCAGGGGCCGCAAGAACAGGCAUGCUGCAACCCGGGACGACGACGACGACUUCGACCCGGAGCCGGAGUCGCGCAGGGCCACCAAGCUCAUGCUGCCGGCCGACACGACAGACGAAGCCGACGCCCGCCGGAUGUUCGACGAACUGAUGAUCCACGAGCGCGACGACAUCUGCAUGAAGGGCGUGCAGCAGCAGGGCGUGUCCGCCUCCUCGGACGACGACAAUCCCACGCGGCGGCGGCGGCGGAGGCGCAGCAGCGCUACAUCUACUGGCACUACUCGCAAUGGCAGCAGCGACGGCCCGCACUCGUCGCCCACAGGCGACGCCACGCAGAGGCUGGCGCACUGCUUCGCCGAGGGCCUGGAGGCGCGCCUGGCCGGCACGGGCAGCCGCCUCUACCGCUCGCUCAUGCUCGGCCGCACCUCCGUCGCCGACUUCCUCAUGGCAUACCGCCUCUACAUGGCUGCUUGCUGCUGCAAGAAGGUGGCGUUCGCCUUCUCCAACAGGACCAUCCACGACGCAGUUGCCGUCGCGGUCACCGGCGGCGCCAGGCGCCGCCUGCACAUCAUCGACUACGGCCUCGGCUACGGGUUCCAGUGGCCAGGCCUGCUGCGCGGCCUCGCCGCAAUGGAGGGCAGACCGCCGGAGCUAGUCAGGAUCACCGGCAUUAACCUGCCGCAGCCUGGCUUCAGCCCGGCGCACCAUAUCGAGAACACCGGGCGCCGCCUCAGCGACUGCGCACGCCAGCUCGGCGUGCCGUUCGAGUUCCGAGGGAUCGCGGCGAAGCGAGAGGACGUGUCUUCCGAGGACCUGGACAUCGAUCCAGCUGCCGAGGUGCUCGUCGUGAUCAGCCUCUGCCAUUUCAGGCUGCUGACGGACGAGAUCGAGAUCAGCGCCGCCGCCGCCGUCCCAGCCCCAGGGACCAGGGAGGCGCUGUUCCACUACUCGGCGCAGUUCGACCUGCUGGACGCCACCGUGCCUCGGGACAGCCCGGAGAGGCUGCUGGUGGAGACAGGCGCCGACCGGGUGGAGCGCCCCGAGAUGUACAGGCAGUGGCAGGCGAAGAACCAGCGGGCGGGGCUCAGGCAGCUGCCGCUGCAGGCUGACGUCGUCAAGGUGGUGCUGGACAAGGUGAAGGACAACUACCACAGGAAGCAGCUGGCGACCAAGGCGGCGCGGAAGUCGGCCCCGGCGACAGGCGGCGUGAAGAAGCCAUACCGCUUCCGCCUAGGCACCGUGGCGCUGCGCGAGAUCCGCAUGUACCAGAAGAGCACGGAGCUGCUCAUACGCAAGCUCCCGUUCCAGCGCCUGGUCCGCGAGAUCGCGCAGGACUUCAAGACCGACCUCCGCUUCGAGUCCUCCGCCGUCGCCGCGCUGCAGGAGGCCGCCGAGGCCUACCUCGUCGGGCUCUUCGAGGACACCAACCUCUGCGCCAUCCACGCCAAGCGCGUCACCAUCUUUGCGGAGUGUGGGGUACGAGGGUGCAAUUAA